CACGAUCCCACAGUGGCAGGAGGCACCCAAGCUCCCAAACCCCUCUCGCACCCAAUCCAACCCAAUCCCCUCCUCAUCCACUCCGCUCUGCGGCCAUGGCCGCCUGCUGCUCCUCCCUCGCCACCGCCGUCUCCUCCUCCUCCGCCAAGCCCCUCGCCGGCAUCCCCCCCGCCGCGCCGCACUCCCUCUCCCUCCCCCGCGCUCCCGCCGCCAGGCCCCUCCGCCUCUCCGCCUCCUCAUCCAGAUCCGCCCGGGCCAGCAGCUUCGUCGCCCGCGCCGGCGGUGUGGACGAUGCGCCGCUGGUCGGGAACAAGGCGCCCGACUUCGAUGCGGAGGCAGUCUUCGACCAGGAGUUCAUCAACGUGAAGCUGUCCGACUACAUCGGGAAGAAGUACGUCAUUCUCUUCUUCUACCCGUUGGACUUCACCUUCGUCUGCCCGACCGAGAUUACCGCUUUCAGUGACAGAUACGAUGAGUUCGAGAAGUUGAACACUGAGAUCCUCGGUGUUUCAAUUGACAGUGUGUUCUCCCAUCUUGCAUGGGUGCAGACAGACAGGAAAUCUGGUGGGCUUGGUGAUCUGAAAUACCCAUUGAUUUCAGAUGUUACUAAAUCAAUUUCGAAGUCCUUUGGUGUCUUGAUCCCUGACCAGGGAAUUGCUCUGAGAGGACUUUUCAUCAUUGACAAGGAGGGAGUGAUUCAGCACUCUACCAUUAACAACCUUGCCAUUGGACGCAGUGUAGAUGAGACCAUGAGGACCCUUCAGGCGUUGCAGUACGUCCAGGACAACCCGGACGAGGUGUGCCCGGCCGGAUGGAAGCCCGGUGACAAGUCGAUGAAGCCUGACCCCAAGGGAAGCAAGGAGUACUUCGCGGCCAUCUAAGCACACAUAUGCAUAUGCCUGGUGAUGGAUGUAGGGAGUUUUUUUGCUUUCGCGAGAGCCAUUGCGUUUCGUCUCCAAAGUGUAGUACCGUGUGCUCGUCUGAUCGGAUUUUGUUACUUGUUCGCCACCAGCUGUUACUUUGUUCCCUAACAAAUAAGGCUUUGUUUUGGUCGUGUUAUACAUGUAUACAUGUUAGUGCGUUUCAAGAUCGCUUCUGUUU